GACGCGAGAGUCGAGGUUUGGGUGAAGAGAAAAACUGUGAAGAUCGAAGGUUUGUGUUUUGCGUGGGGGGGUUUUGGAUUUUUCUUCGAGCUGCAGUUGCAGCUAUGGCGACUUCGAAGCGGAAAGCGGAAGAGGAUGCUGAGCGCGACGACCCUGCUGGGAAGCUAGCGCGGCUGCCGGAGCCUGAAAACGAUGUUGAGGAUGAUGCUGCAGCUGCUGAAGACGGGGAGGAGGAGCCUGCAGCCAACGGCAAUGGAAAUCGCUAUGUCGCGUGUUUGCAUGAGGUUUCGUAUCCCGAGGGAUAUGAUCAUGCGAAUGGAGGAGAGCGUCUGGCUCCGGCCAAGCCUGCGAAGGAGUAUCCGUUCACGCUUGAUCCGUUCCAGAGAGAGGCCAUUCGGUGCCUUGAAGCCGGAGAAUCUGUCCUGGUAUCUGCACACACAUCUGCUGGGAAAACGGUUGUUGCGGAGUAUGCUAUUGCCAUGGCACUUCGUGACAAACAGAGGGUGGUCUAUACCUCUCCUAUUAAGGCUUUGAGUAAUCAGAAGUAUAGAGAGAUGUUGGAGGAAUUCACUGAUGUAGGCCUUAUGACUGGAGAUGUGACGAUUUCUCCAAAUGCUUCUUGCCUGGUGAUGACUACAGAAAUUUUACGAAGCAUGCAAUACAGAGGUUCAGAGGUGAACAGAGAAGUGGCAUGGAUCAUUUUUGAUGAAGUUCACUACAUGCGAGAUCGGGAAAGGGGUGUUGUGUGGGAAGAGAGCAUUGCAAUGGCACCCAAGAAUGCGCGCUUUGUGUUCCUAUCUGCUACUGUACCAAAUGCUAAGGAGUUCGCAGAUUGGGUAGCGAAGGUACACAAACAGCCCUGUCACAUUGUAUACACUGAUUACCGACCCACUCCACUUCAACAUUAUAUUUAUCCAGCUGGGGGUGAUGGCUUAUACAUGGUUGUCGAUGAAAAGGCUGUUUUUCGAGAUUCCAGCUUUCAGAAAGCUGUAAAUGCUCUUUCGUCUAAUGCUGGAGGUGAUGGUUCCAAGAAAAACAAUGGAAAGACACAAAAAGGAGGGAAGGGUGGAGUACCUGCAGAACCAAGUGAUAUGUUCAAGAUUGUCAAGAUGAUCAUGCAGCGACAAUUUGAUCCUGUUAUUGUUUUCAGUUUCAGUAAACGCAAUUGUGAAGAGAACGCUAAUCAGAUGGCCAAGCUAGAUCUCAACGAUGAGAACGAAAAGAAGUUGGUGGAUGGUGUAUUUUGGAAUGCUAUGGACAAUUUAUCGGAUGAUGACAAAAAGCUUCCUCAGGUUUCUCAUCUACUUCCAUUACUGAAGCGCGGAAUUGGUGUGCAUCACUCUGGCUUACUUCCAAUUCUUAAAGAAGUUAUUGAGAUUCUAUUUCAAGAAGGUCUCCUCAAGUGCUUAUUUGCAACAGAAACAUUCAGUAUAGGCUUGAACAUGCCAGCCAAAACUGUUGUAUUUACCAACGUUCGUAAGUUUGAUGGGGACAAAUUUCGAUGGAUUUCCAGUGGGGAAUACAUUCAGAUGAGUGGUCGUGCUGGACGGCGUGGACUGGAUGAUCGGGGUAUAUGCAUUCUCAUGCUUGACGAGAAGCUUGAGCCCGCCAUUGCUAAAGACAUGAUCAAAGGGGCUGCAGAUCCUUUGAACAGUGCGUUCCAUUUGAGUUACAACAUGCUGCUCAAUCAGAUGCGGAGUGAAGAAAGUAAUCCGGAGGAGCUCCUCCGACGGUCUUUUCAUCAGUUUCAGUGUGAUCGUGCUUUACCAAAGCUUCAGAAACGGGUGAAAGACAUGGAUGAGGAGCGUCAAAACAUAGUGAUUGAAGAGGAGGAUCAAGUUAAAGACUAUCGCAAUUUAUUAGAGCAACUCUAUAGUUUAAGAGCAGACAUUCGAAGCAUUGCUUUUGCUCCCCGUUAUAGCUUACCCUACUUACAACCAGGUCGCUUGGUUCAAAUAGCACGAGCUACAAAUCAAGAUGACCUCACAGUUCCUGUCAAAAAGGUUACCCCUGUAUGGGGCGUUAUCGUCAACUUCGAAAAAGUUCAAACCGCGGCCAAAGAGUCCUUUGAUGGAGAGAGUCAAGGUCCUAGUGAAACUAAGUUCAAGGUGGAUAUACUGGCGAAUUGUAAAACUGUUGAGGAUGAAGGUCGAACCAAGUUAGUGCAACCUGUUUCUUUGAAUGAAACAGGCGAACCUGCGGUUGUUUCUCUGCCACUGAAUCAGAUCGAGCACCUAAGCGUUGUCCGAAUAUUUAUUCCGAAGGACUUGCGACCUGUUGAAGCUCGUGAAAGAUGUCUGAGAACAGUUAUUGAGGUGUUGCGGCGCUUCCCAGAAGGGCCGCAGUUGCUGGAUCCUGAAGAUGAUAUGGAGGUAAAAAAUGAUUCAUACAAAAAAGCAGUACGGAGAGCAGAAGCAGUUGAAGCUUUGUUAGAAAAGCACGCAUUGGCAGAUUCGCCAACGUUGGAACCCAGAUUACGUGCUUUGGGACAAAAAGAAGCUUUGACAUCAAAAAUACGAAUAGCCCGUAAGGAUGUCCGUGCAGCAACUACUUUAGUCUUCAAGGAUGAACUUAAGGCAAGGCGUCGUGUGUUGAGGCGAUUGGGAUAUGCAACAGCGGAAGAGGUGGUAGAGCUGAAGGGCAGGGUGGCAUGUGAAAUUAGCAGCGCUGAUGAGCUCGUUUUAACAGAGCUUAUGUUUGGUGGAGUCUUCAACGAUAGCACUGUGGAGCAAAUUGUUGCAUUACUUUCAUGCUUGGUAUGGCAGGAAAAGCUCAAGUCAAUGGCAAAGCUUCCAGAGGAGCUUGCAGGCAUAUAUGCUCAACUUCGGGAGGUUGCCCGGCGUGUUGGCAAAGUUCAAGUUGAAUGCAAGAUGGCCGUAGAUGUCGAAGAGUACGUGAACUCAUUCAGACCGGAUAUAAUGGAGCUGGUCUACGCUUGGUGCAAAGGCGCCAAGUUCAUUGACGUCAUGAAGCUUGCUCAAGUCUUUGAAGGCAGUCUCAUUCGGGCGCUGAGACGCUUAGAAGAGGUCCUCCAACAACUCCUACUGGCUGCUCGUGCAAUUGGCGAACUUGAUCUCGAGGCUAAAUUUGAGGAAGCAUCAACUAGGAUUAAAAGAGAUAUUGUGUUCGCGGCCUCAUUAUAUUUGUAAUUUACUACGUUAGAAUGAGCUACUGGUCCCUAAACUCCGCGUAUUGCUUCUUCUUGGGAAGAUUACCUCAUUUAAUCUGUAAUUCUCUCUAUCGAGUAACGCUUCCUGUGUCGUGACAUGCACAUCAACAUUGAGCUCCUGAUAUUAGCUACCAACUAGUGAGCAAGUGAAUAUUUGUCGCUGCGUUCGUGAAGUGUGUUUAUGAAUGAGGAAGGUCAGGUGCACUGCCUUGAGGAUAGUGAUCCAGUGAAAAGUGGAAACUCAUGAAAGGAGCAUUUUUAUGUCAAGGCUGACUGGAAGCCGGGCGUGAAUGAGAUUCAGAGCGUUAAUACACCAUGUUUUAAGUAGCAUUCAUUUUGAAAGAAACUAAGUCGCUUCAUUGAGACUUUUCCAUGA